AACAACGAAACAUCGCCUGGGCCGAGUUCCAGAAACCGGGGUAAGACAAGACCCGUGAGCCGCCACUGUCCGAGGCAUCGCAUCCGGCGGAAUCUGGCCCGUUUAUAAACUUGCUCCGAGACAAGUUACAAACAUCUCAUCCCAUUUUCCUCGUCAUAGCCAUCAAGCAUCCGAUUUUCAGUCUUUCUUCCUUGAACUCUUUUGUUUGUUCAACCCACGCAGACUUCCACAAUGGGUGCUCUCGAUAGGCUUUCGCAACUGGGCAACCAGAUCGCUGGCGCUGCUUCGACCGGCGGCAAGGCCAAGAUCCUCGAGAAGAACCCCGACGAUAUCGUCGUUACAGCAGCUCUCCGGACAGCCAUCUGCAAGGGCGGGAAGGGCGCGUUCAAGGACACAUAUGCGGCCGACCUGAUGGCGGGCGCCCUGAGGGGCAUCAUCGAGCGGUCCAAGAUCAACCCGGCGCUGGUCGAGGAUGUCGUGGUGGGCACCGUGCUCGCCCCGGGCGGCGGCGCCACCGAGAUGCGCGCGGCCGCCCUGGUCGCCGGCUUCCCCGAGUCGACGGCGGUGCGCACGCUCAACCGGCAGUGCUCGUCCGGCCUGCAGGCCUGCGUCGACAUCGCGAACCAGAUCAAGGCGGGCAUGAUCGAGGUAGGCGUCGGCGCCGGCGUCGAGAGCAUGUCCACACAGUACGGCCCCGGCGCCGUGUCGGAGUUCUCCGAGCUGCUCGAGAGCCACCCGGAGGCGGCCAACUGCAAGGUGCCCAUGGGCGUGCUGUCGGAGCAGAUGGCCAAGGACCGCAACAUCUCGCGCGCGAGCCAGGACGCCUUCGCGGCCGCCUCCUUCCAGAAGGCCGUCAAGGCGCAGGCCGCGGGGCUGUUCAAGGAGGAGAUCAUGCCACUCAAGGUCAAGUUCGAGGACCCCAAGUCGGGCGAGACGAAGGAGAUCGUGGUCGACCGCGACGACGGCAUCCGCGACGGCGUGACGGCCGAGUCGCUGGGCAAGAUCCGCCCGGCCUUCGCCAAGGACGGCAGCAUCCACGCCGGCAACGCCAGCCAGGUCAGCGACGGCGCCGCCGCCGUGCUGAUGAUGAAGCGCUCCACCGCCGAGCGGCUGGGCCAGCCCAUCCUGGGCAAGUUCGUCGCCGCCUCCGUCGUCGGCGUGCCCCCGCUGCUGAUGGGCAUCGGCCCGUGGAAGGCGAUCCCCAAGGUGUUUGAGCUGGCGGGCAUCAACAAGGACGAUGUGGAUAUCUUUGAGAUCAACGAGGCCUUCGCAAGCCAGUGCUUGUGGUGCGCCAACGAGCUGGGCUUGCCGCAGGAGAAGAUCAACCCCAAGGGCGGCGCCAUUGCGUUUGGCCACCCGCUCGGCUGCACGGGCGCGAGGCAGGUGUCGACGCUGCUCUAUGAGCUCAGGAGGACGGGCGGGAAGGUCGGCGUGACGUCUAUGUGUGUUGGUACGGGCAUGGGCAUGGCUGCCGUCUGGGUUGCGGAAUAACCCGAAAAGGGGGG